CAGGAACGACUCCAGGCACGUACUACGUGAUACUUUGAAGCACUACGAAUGUCCGAAAAGCAGAACUUCUCCCCUGCACCCUCCCGACCGUGCGCAUUUAAUGGAAAGAAGUUGGCCACACAAGAGAAUGGUGACCAUAACCAUGUAGAUGAUUUGCCUAGGCGCGUGAACAGGGUGAAUGAUGCUUCGAGCGACCUAGCCUCCGCGUGCCGCCGGUGUCGUGUUUUCAAAGGGAUGGGGCCCAAUCUCGUAAAUUUUCUAACCGAAAUUCCAAAGACAGAUCUCCAUGUGCAUCUUGAUGGUUCUCCUCGGCUAAGUACGUUGAUAGAGCUUGCCCAAGAGCACCAUGUCGACCUUCCUGCCUAUACCGAAGAGGGUUUGCGUGAAUUAGUGUUCCGUGAAACGUACGACAGUUUGGUGGACUACCUACGAGGGUUCCCUCUCAUUGUUCGCGUUCUGCAGCAACCUGGAGCGCUGGAGCGGAUUGCCUACGAAUUUGCUUGGGACUGUUUGAAUGAAGGUGUCCUUUACAUUGAGCCGCGUUUUGCGCCUCAGCUUCUGGCCACGGCGACAUUGGACGUGAUAGGAGUCUUGACGGAGGCAACGCGGGGAUUGGAGAGGGCUAAGAAGGAAUACAAUGCCCAACAGUCGGUCAGGGAUGGACAAAAACCUAGCUUUGAUUUCGGCAUAAUAUGCUGCGCCAUGCGCACCUUUAUGACGGACGUCUCGGAGUACUACCAUGCAUUCUGCUCCCUGCACCAGGAUGAGCCUCAGGCGCUCGUCUACCAGCUUGCGGCCAGCGCUUUGUUUCACGCAGCCAUCAAAGCCAAGAAGGACCAUGGCCUGCCCGUCGUCGGGGUGGACAUUGCCGGCCAAGAGGCCGGGUAUCCCGCGGCGGAAUUCCAAGCCGCUUUCGAGGUCGCGCACAAGAAUUUUUUGGGGGUGACGGUGCACGCCGGAGAGGCCUUCGGUCCAGAAGCAGUCUUUCAGGCAAUCACAGAUCUGCACUGUGAGAGGCUUGGCCACGGCUACCAUUUGUUCUCGGUGGACAAGGUGGUCAAGAAGGAGCGCCCGGCCGAAUUUGUCGCGGGCCUGGUCCAGUACGUGGCAAAACGAAGGAUCAUGCUCGAGGUGUGUCUGAGCAGCAACAGACAAACUAUGACCGAGCUCCGCGAUGACAUUUCCAAGCACGCGCUCAAGGAUAUGCUCGCCCACGGGAUCUGCGUCUCCCUCUGCACGGACAAUCGACUGGUAAGCAAUACCACGGUAGUCAAUGAGCUCCUCCUCGCCAUCGAGCACUUUGCACUUACACCUACCGAGCUGAAAACCAUGAUAUUGGAGGGCUUCAAGCGCAGCUUCUUUCCAGGAAGCUACCUGCAGAAGAGAAAGUACGUCGGACAGGUCAUGAACUACUACGAGCAUUUGGAGCGGAAGUACGGCCUGAAAGACUGGUAUCUCUCGGAGGACAGCAUGUUCGAGGACCAACAUCGCCCGCAGCAGCCGCAGACUGAGGCUGGACGCGAGACAGGUACGCCGGCACGCGAGCAAGGAUGGGAGCAGGAACACGAAAACAUUGAUUCGACCGUCGGCGCAUGCCUUUUGCAUUCCUCUGGCGACCGCAUUCGAUCCUUGAGUCCGCAAUGGACACGGGCCCAGGCACUAGGAGAAAAGAUGCCAGAGGGUGGGGAGGUAACAGAUGAUGGGAAGAUGAACAGAGGUUUGCGUGAAGGCCGCAGGCGCUUGGAGAUGCCGCCCGAGGUUUUCAUGUAGACAUUCCUUGGGAGCGGAGGAGGAUAGUUAGUGUACAGACAACCGUGUGGACGAGCCAUCCCUCGAUGAUGUUCAUAUAGAUGGAUCGUUUGAGGCACAAUUUGCUACAAAGGAGAAUGCACUGUGCGUGAAA